UACGGCUACGCACCGCACGCCUGCUGUGGAGUGCAACGCUGUCCUGCCGCUGUCUCUGCCGCUUCCACUCCCGCUACGGGUAAUACCGCUGCUGCCGGUAUGCGCGCCAAAGGAGAAACGCUCCGUACCUUGUGGUUGACCGCCGCCGUCGCCACCGCCAUCAGCGGUCCUCGUUCUUCGGCCAGCGCCAGCACCGGUGGCUCGUCCUCGGCCUUCGUCGGAGCUGCCGCAGCAACCGUGGCGCCACUGGAACCUUUCCACGUGCGUGCGCCCCGCUGGGGCGCGCGGUCCAGCCCCACGCCGAGAAGCAGCCCUUCUUCGUCCUCCUCGCCCUCCUCCUCGUCCAUGUCGAUCGCGUUCGCUUCUGCCGCCCGGGAGACACAGCGGCAUCAGAAGAACGACGACCUGCUGCAACGCCCGCACGCGUCGCCUGUGGCCGCGGCAGUGGCUCCCAAAAACGCGCUGCCGCUGAUGGGCAAGGCCCUGUUUGUGACGGGGGGAGGGGCGGGGGCGGGGGCGGCCGGGAAAGGGGAGCCGGCGGGCUUCGGCGUGGCGAGCGCCUGGGGCGUGGUGUCGGUGGUUUUCAUCCUCAUGAACGCCGUUACGCGUCUGGCGCCGAUCGCCAUGCAGCCGUUCUCGAGGGUUCGACUAGGCAGCUUGGAGGGCCACACUGCGCUGCCGUCGUUCAUGUGGCCGUUUGGACGGCGGUAG